AUGGCGGGUCGGCAACCACUGCCUUCUCUCUUGUCUCACUUCUCCAUUUCCUCUGUUUCCCUCGCGUCUGGUUGUCUCUCGCGCACCGGCCGCCUCUCUUGUCUUGUCGUCCGCGUCGCGCUGCUCCUUCUUCUCUGCGCUGUCUCUUCUCCACGCGCUGCGCUCCCGUCUCCGCCAGGCUCCUCCCCGGUUGCCUUCGUGGCUGCUUCAGAGGCGGCACCUGCGGCCUUCGCGAGCUCGGCGGCGUUCCAGAGAUUUGAGGAGCUCCGCCGCCGCGCAGAGGCUUCGCCCUCGUUCGUCUUUUUCUUCGACAUCGACCACUACAACUCGCUCCUUCUCCAGACGCUCCCCGCGGCGCGCGUGAGGCCUCGGCGGGGUCAGCUAGCCCCCAGAGGACCGUCGCUCUUCAGGCGUCACGGGCCUUUCCGACCCUAUCACCUCUUUGUCCUCUACUCGCUUGUCGGUGACGCUCAGCGCCUCGCGAACUGCAACGAAUGCAAAGACGCAGUGGAGGCUUUCACAAAAGUCGCCGAGGCGUACCAUGGCGCAGGCGCCUCAGUUUUUCCCUGGCCAGCGGAGGGUGGGAAUCCUGCGACCCCGGCGGCCUCCGUCGCGCCUGUGCUUUUUGCCAUCGUCGACGUCGCGACCCUGAACCGGACUCCCGCCUUGCAUGCGCUGCCGUCGCUGCCGGCGGUCGCGCACAUCCCUCCCUCACUGUCUCCCGAAGAGGAGGAAGACGACGGCGAAGACGGCGAGGAGGAGGAAGACGACUUCAACCCCGGGGACCAGUGGGCUAAGAUGAGCGCCAACGCGCCGCUUCCUUUCCCGCGCGAAGAAGUUCUCGUCCUUCAGAGAGCCAUAAACGACGCCGGCGUCAAGAAAAGCAUGCUGGAAUGGGUCAACAUGAAGUCUCAGAGGACAGUCACGAUUCCGACAACGAUCUGGAUGGACGCAUGGUCGCUGUGCGGGCUCUUGGCGAUCGCUAGCGUGCUCCUGGCGGUCGUUCGGCGGCUGCUGCGCCUGCUGCCAGAGUAUCCCUGGCUCCUUUCUGGAGGCGCGUGCUUCGUUUACUGGCUGAGCACAAGCGGGUUGGUUUUUUCCAUUCAGCACCGCGUCCCGCUCUUCGCGGUUCAACCGGAGACGCAGCAGAAAGUGUUUGUCGCCCCCAACGCGCGAAGCCAGUAUUUCUUGGAGGGGUUGACCAUGAGUGCAUGCGCAUUGGCGUGCGGCGUCGCCGCGGCCUUCCUCAUCUUCUUGCCGUCUUCCUUUCUUCCUUCGCGCCAGGAUCUUCUGGAAAGCGAAGAGCCCUCCUCCCGCGCGCGAGACGCGUCUGUGUCUGGCAAGCGCCGCUGUCUGCUCGUGGCCGUGGCGCGGCCUCCGCGCCUCCGGUGGCCGUGCGGGCUCGGGGGCGAGGAGGCCGCGCCAGGGGCCCCGAGCGACAACGAAGGGUCAGGGGAACGCGGCGGCGGCGCCUCUUCGAACUCCUCUGCAGGGGCGCGGAGGCGCCAAGGGACAGUCGGAGGCGGGAAAGAAGCGACCCUCGCGGAUGCGCGGAGGCGAGAGCGAGAGGAGGAGGAAGAAAAAGAGAUCCUCCAGUGGAUUAAGGCGGAGGAGCGCCUACUACGACACGAAGAAGGAACGGGGUCGAGCUCUUGGCCGACUCGCCUCUGCUUACUUGUUUGCCUGUUUAUGACGGCCUUCACGUUCAUCGGAUCUGCCAGCAUCGUGUUCCAGGCCUACAGGCAGAAAGCUGUGUGGUACAAGGUCCCCUUCUUCCCUCCGCCGACGUACAAACGCGGCCCAAUGAGAGUCGAUCGGGGCAAUGAGCUCUGA